AUUUCGUUUAUUUCUGUCUGUUCUCUCUUAUGAGAAACAUAACUGUUAAAGUAGAUCGUGUUUUAUUAAUAAAUCAUUGUUUUUCAUACCAGAAUUAUGGUUUAAAAUGUCACAAAACUCUUUUAUAUAUUUGAUUGAUAUAAUAGUUUAGAUUGGAAUUAUAAUUUUUAUCCUAAAAGUUGUAUCAUAUUCAAGAUGGUUUUAGCAGAUUUAGGUCGUAAAAUAACCACUGCUUUACAGUCUCUAAGUAGAGCUACAAUCAUCAAUGAAGAGGUUCUAAAUUCUAUGUUAAAACAAAUAUGUGCUGCAUUAUUGGAAGCCGAUGUUAAUAUUCGUUUAGUCAAGAAUCUUCGUGAGAAUGUUCGUGCAGUUAUUGAUUUUGAUGAAAUGGCUGGGGGGCUGAACAAGCGACGCAUGAUACAAUCUGCUGUUUUCAAAGAACUUGUCAAACUUGUUGAUCCAGGAGUAAAACCAUACCAACCAGUCAAAGGCAAACCCAAUGUCAUAAUGUUUGUAGGACUCCAGGGUUCUGGUAAAACCACAACAUGUACAAAACUUGCUUAUCAUUAUUUAAGAAAAAACUGGAAAUCAUGUUUAGUGUGUGCUGACACAUUCAGAGCUGGUGCUUAUGAUCAAGUGAAACAGAAUUGUACUAAGGCCAGAAUACCAUUUUAUGGAAGUUACACAGAGGUAGAUCCAGUUGUUAUAGCAACAACAGGUGUGGACAUGUUCAAAAAAGAAGGGUUUGAAAUGAUCAUUGUAGAUACUAGUGGUCGACAUAAACAGGAGGAAUCAUUAUUUGAAGAGAUGUUGGCAGUUGCUAAUGCUAUUAAACCAGACAACAUUAUUUUUGUGAUGGAUGCCACAAUAGGUCAGGCUUGUGAGGCACAAGCUAGAGCAUUCAAAGAAAAAGUAGAUAUUGGUUCAGUCAUAAUUACCAAAUUAGAUGGUCAUGCAAAAGGUGGUGGUGCCCUUUCUGCAGUUGCAGCAACACAGAGUCCCAUUAUUUUUAUAGGUACAGGAGAACACAUAGAUGAUCUGGAACCAUUUAAAACAAAACCAUUUAUUAAUAAACUGUUGGGAAUGGGUGACAUUGAAGGACUUUUAGAUAAAGUGAAUGAACUUAAAUUAGAUGAUAAUGAUGAACUAUUGGAAAAACUGAAACAUGGUCAAUUUACUCUACGUGCCAUGUAUGAGCAGUUCCAAAACAUCAUGAAGAUGGGACCUUUUUCACAGAUAAUGGGAAUGAUCCCAGGAUUUUCUCAAGAUCUGAUGUCCAAGGGCAGUGAACAAGAAUCAAUGGCUAGGUUGAAACGUUUAAUGACUAUAAUGGAUUCCAUGAAUGAGGGAGAGCUGGAUCAUCGUGAUGGCGCCAAAUUGUUUUCUAAACAGCCCACUCGCAUAACAAGAGUUGCCCAAGGAGCCGGUGUUACUGAACGUGAUGUAAAGGAUUUAAUAGCACAAUAUACCAAGUUUGCAGCAGUAGUAAAGAAAAUGGGUGGUAUUAAGGGUUUAUUCAAGGGGGGUGACAUGGCGAAAAAUGUUAAUCAGACUCAAAUGGCUAAACUAAAUCAACAAAUGGCAAAAAUGAUGGAUCCUCGUAUUUUACAACAGAUGGGUGGCAUGUCAGGCUUGCAUAACAUGAUGAAGCAACUCCAACAAGGUUCAAGUGGAAUGAAUAGUUUGAUGGGUGGCAAAUGACAGUAAAUUUAUCUAUUAUUAUAAUCAUCGAUGUAUUUAUAAUAAAAGCCCUUAUUAAACAAUAAAGAUUAAAAGGAAUUGUAUAAA